UCCCCACAUUCACACUGAUUCUUUUCCCCACUUUCACAACAGCAACAAGUGAACACUCAAACACCCCAAAACACAAUCACACAGAAAAAAACACCUAGUGUAACAACCUCCUCUUGAACACAAUUUUUUGUUCUUCCUCAGAGAACUUUCAUCAAACAGCUUCUGUUCAUUGAAGAACUAUAUCUUUGUUUGCACUUGCAGAAACAACCUAUCAUGGUUAAGUCAGAGCACAACAAGAUCAAAACAGGACAAAAAUCAAAGCCAGUUUCAUCAUCUUUAUCCUCAUCAUCAUCAGCAUCAUCAGAAAGCAUGAAGAAGAAGUACAAAGGAGUCAGAAUGAGAACAUGGGGUUCAUUUGUUUCAGAGAUUAGAGCACCAAAUCAGAAAACAAGGAUAUGGCUAGGAUCUUACUCAACACCAGAAGCAGCAGCAAGAGCCUAUGAUGCUGCACUUCUAUGUCUCAAAGGGUCCUCAGCAAGUUUCAAUUUCCCUUCAAGUUCUUCACUUUUCAUUCCUCAAGACACUGCCAUGUCCCCAAAAUCAAUCCAAAGAGUUGCUGCAGCUGCUGCAAAUAGCUUCAUUGACAACAAUGCCAGCACCACCACUUCAACUCCUCCUCCUCCUCCUUCAACCUCAUCAUCAUUGGUCUCUUCCCCAUCAAUGGAUGAUGUCUCACUUGAAUCAUCUUUUGAAUCAAUGGCUAUGAUGGAACCUUGGUACAGCCUGGAUGAUCUGCAAUCCACUAAGUAUGUUGAUCAGAUGCUAAGUGCUUCUUCUUUCUAUGAUAUUGAUUCAACCCACCACCUGUUUAAUGAUGUGUAUGAAGAGAGUGACAUUCGUUUGUGGAACUUUUGCUGAGAGGGGUUCAAGCCAAAUCAAUUUUUUUUUUUCUUAUCAGAAAUUCAAUUUGUUUGUCUUCCAGUGGUAGAACAACUUGAAGAUAUUACUGACCGUGACUGAAUUCAAUUUGUAUUAGUAUACACUGUGCCAAUGUAAUGCAUAUUAGAUGAAAUUCAUGUAGGAAUUAAACAAAAAUUUUGCCCCUUUAAAGGGGAUUCUACCUGUUUGGUAUUAUGCAUCAUUGAUGUAAAGCUUGUUAUAUCAAUAUCAUGAAGGGUUUUCCAA